AUGAAUGUCUACAGAGACGGCAAGUUUGGUUCGUUCAGACAUUUCGAUUUGAGUGACGACCGCCAGAACGAGUCCAUAGACACCGAACACGCGUACCUCAAUGUGACCACAAGAGGCGAUCUGUCGAGUCUGCGCUGGUAUGAGGCGCAGCACAAGUACUGGCAAUCGCUGCCCACCGCCCACAAGAACCCCAACGAAGUGUUGUGUAGUGUAUACUACGCUCCGCUCAACUUCCGCGACAUUAUGCUGGCGACCGGCAAACUGCCACCCGAUGCUCUGCCCGGCGAUAUGGCUCUUCAGGACUGUAUUCUGGGUCUGGAGUUCGCCGGACGCGACCAAACCGGGCGCCGAGUGAUGGGAAUGGUUGCCGCCAAGGGUUUGGCCACAACCAUCGUUGUCGACGAUCCGGAAUUCUUGUGGAAAAUCCCCGACAACUGGACAAUGGAAGAGGCGAGUACUGUACCCGUGGUUUACGCCACCGCUUACUACGCUCUGGUAGUCCGCGGAGGCCUUCAGAAGGGCGAGAGUGUAUUGAUUCACUCGGGAAGCGGUGGUGUCGGACAGGCGGCCAUCUCUAUCGCGCUGAGUAUGGGUUGUGAGGUCUACACCACAACUGGUGGCGAAGAGAAGAAAGCGUACCUCAAGAAGGAGUUCCCGCAAUUGACUGACAAAAACUUUGCCAAUUCUCGUGACACCAGUUUUGAACAACACAUCCUCAGACAGACAGCCGGUCGCGGAGUAGAUGUGGUACUCAACUCACUGUCUGAAGAGAAACUGCAGGCCAGUGUCCGGUGUCUCGCACAACACGGAAGGUUCUUAGAGAUCGGCAAAUAUGACUUAUCGCAGAACAACCCUUUGGGAAUGUCUGCUUUCCUCAAGAAUAUCGCAUUCCACGGCAUUUUGUUGGACGCAUUGUUCGGCCCGUCUUCGUCUCAUUCGCCCGGAAUUCAAGGCCAGAAGUUGGAGGUCGCGAAUCUCGUCUUGGAUGGCAUCAAAUCGGGUGCCGUCCGACCCCUCAAGCGAACCAUUUUCAACAAAAAUCAAGCCGAAGAGGCGUUCCCCGAAGAGGCGUUCCGUUUCAUGGCUUCGGGUAAACACGUCGGUAAAGUGAUCCUUAAGAUCAGAGACGAAGAGUCGGCCAAAGUUGUGGCGCCCACUAAAUUGGUGGUCAAAGCUCUUCCCCGAACAGCACUUCAUCCGCUGAAGUCAUAUAUAGUGACCGGAGCACUUCAUCCGCUGAAGUCAUAUAUAGUGACCGGAGGUUUGGGUGGCUUUGGACUCGAACUCUCUCAUUGGUUGGUCGAAAGAGGCGCCCGAAAACUAGUGCUCACCUCCAGAAGCGGACCCCGCGAUGCAUACCAACACUUAUGCAUUAAACGUCUUCGUUCUCAUGGCGUUCACGUGAUUGUCUCGAAGGCCGACGCGUCCACACCUGAGGGCUCGACUCAACUCGUGAAGGAAGCCCUUUCGUUAGGACCGGUCGGCGGUAUCUUUAACUUAGCGAUGGUAUUGAGUGACGGAUUCCUCGACAACCAAAGCGCCCAAUCGUUUAAGACUGUCUGCGAUCCCAAAGUGAACGGAACCGUGAAUCUCGAUAACGUGAGCCGACAGAUGUGUCCGCAAUUGGAUUACUUCGUGGCGUUUUCUUCCGUGAGUUGUGGCAGAGGUAAUGCCGGACAAAGUAAUUACGGUUUCGCCAACUCAUCGAUGGAAAGAGUCUGCGAAUUGAGACGAAGCGACGGUUUGCACGGAUUGGCCGUCCAAUGGGGUGCCAUCGGAGACGUCGGAGUGGUGUCCGAGAAUAUGGGCGGAAACGAUGUGGUGAUUGGC